AUGAACAUGAAGAAUUAUUUUCAAUUGUCUAAAAUAAAGAAAAGGGUAAUUAAGAAUAAAUAUAUUUUGCUGAUCAAUAAGUUAAGCUUGAGGAAACUUUUAGAGAUAAUUAUUCAAUUAAUAGUUUAAGGCGAUAAAAAAGAUUACCCUAAUCAAUAUUUAUGGUUAGUUAUUUGGAAAGUUAAAAUAUGGCGUCGCCUAAAGAUUUUAUUUCUUACAUUCACCAAAUUAAUAUAAAUUAGUAUGAAUUUAAAAGUAACUCAAAUAACAUAACUGCCAACGAAAAUAAUGAGAAUUUUAGGAGUAUCUUUUCUGAAUAUAAUUAAUCUAACACGUCAGAAGAAUAUUAUAAUUAUAAUUCUUAAGAAACAAAUUAACUAUAUAUUGAUGAAAUAAAAGAGUGAGUAUCAAAAUUACUAAUCAAAAAUUUAAAUUAAAAAAAAUUUUUUAACACCCAGACGCAAUCUAAAAAAUUUAAUUGAUGGCUCAUGGGGCAGUUGUAUAAUUUUCUUUCAUAUACUUUUAUUUAAUAAAAUCUAAUUACUUAAUCAACUUUUCUUCUUUCUACUUAGCUUAACUCAGCUAAGAAGCUAAUUAAAUAUAUUUAAAUUAAAAUGA